GCCCGCCCCGCGCGCCCCACCUGCCCAAGCCCGGCCCCCUCCCCGCUUCUCGCCGCUUGUCCUGGAUCCCCGCGAGCCCCAGCCCGUCCCUCUCCAUCCCGGCGGCUUCCGAGCCCCUCCCCUCCCCUCCCCUCCCCGCGGGCCCGGCCUAGAUCUUUGCGAGCAUCCCCGGCUCCCCCGCCCCCGCCCCCGGCCUAGCCCGGCCCCAUGCCUCGGUCCCGCGUCCCCGCCCGCCCCAAGCGCCCCGGGCCCUCGCCACCGUGCCCCGGCUCCCGUGCCCACUCUGCUCCCUCCCGCCUUUCCGUGUCCCUAGCCCUGGAUCCGCAGUCCCCUGCUGGGGCCGGCCUCGCCGGGGAGGAGGCGCUGGAGGAGGAAGAGGAGGAGCCCGAGCCGGGCCCCGAGACCCCCGAUGACUCGGAGAAGGCAGCCCCCGGCUGCGGCCCGGGCGGCGGCGCCGCGGGGACGGCAGGGGGCGGGCGCGGCUGCGUGCUGACCCGGCGCGGAAUCACCCUGCGGGUGCUGCUCAAAGAUGCCCUCAUCGAGCCGGGGGCCGGGGUCCUCUCCAUCUACUACCUGGGGAAGAAGUUCAUUGGGGACCUGUUGCCGGACGGGAAGAUCACCUGGCAGGAGACUGGCCAGGUGUUCAACUCGCCCAGUGCUUGGGCCACUUACUGCAAGAAGCUGGUGAACCCCGCCAAGAAGUCGGGCUGUGGUUGGGCCUCGGUCAAGUACAAGGGUCAGAAGUUGGACCAGUACAAGGCCACUUGGCUGAAGCGGCACCAGCCCAACGCUCCCUCUGCCGCAGAGGAGAGUCUGGUCAGUGAGGGUGAGGAGGAAGAACUGUUAGAGGAAGAAGAAGAAGAAGCAGCAGUGACUCGGGAAGGGAAGAUGCUGACCCCGGCUUCCACCUCAGCCCCCAUGCUCUUGGAAGAAAAGGGCAGGAAGCAGUUGGGAAAAGCCCUGACAGAGUCUCCCAACCCAGAGGCUGGACCCCCUGGGAAGCGGCUGGAGAACAAGGGCCGGGUGCCAGUCCGAUACUGCACCCUGGGCAGCCGGGAUUUGGCCAGGAAUCCUCACACCCUGGUAGAAGUGACAUCCUUCACAGCCAUCAACAAGUUCCAGCCUUUCAACGUGUCCGUGUCUAGCAACGUGCUGCUUUUACUGGACUUCCACAGCCACUUGACGAGGAGCGAGGUCGUGGGCUACCUCGGAGGUCGCUGGGACACCAACAGCCAGCUGCUGACAGUGCUGAGAGCCUUCCCCUGCAGGAGCCGUCUGGGCGAUGCCGACACGGCCGCUGCCAUCGAGGAGGAGAUCUGCCAGAGCCUGUUCCUUCGGGGCCUCUCCCUGGUGGGCUGGUACCACAGUCACCCCUACAGCCCGGCCCUGCCCUCCUUGCAGGACAUCGAUGCCCAGAUGGACUACCAGCUCAAGCUGCAGGGCAGCGGCAACAGCUUCCAGCCCUGCCUCGCCCUGGUGUGCGCCCCUUAUUACUCUGGAAACCAGGGGCCGGAGUCCAAGAUCUCUCCGUUCUGGGUCAUGCCGCCCCCAGAGCAAAGGCCCAAUGACUAUGGCAUCCCCAUGGAGGUAGAGAUGACUUACGUCCAGGAUGGGUUCCUGACCAAUGACAUCCUCCAUGAGAUGAUGCUGCUGGUGGACUUCUACAAAGGAGCCCCAGAUGUGGUCAAGUUUCAAGACCUGUGGAACCAAGAGCAAACCUACCUGGACAAGCUGAAGGUUUCCUUGGCCAGCAGGACACCAAAGGACCAGGGCCUGUGCCAUGUCUUGGAACAAGUCUACUGUCUCCUUAAGAACAGCAGCUGAAGCCAGACAGCUUCUGGAUACUGAUAUAUUACAGGGUGGCAGGAGAAAAGCUGAUGCCCCCAGUGCAACGGCAGCCAGCCCCUGGCAGGUCAGGGAUCAUCCCUGUGCCACAUAAACUUCUGAGGCAGGAGCUGGCUGUUAAUGGAGGUGACCAGCUGCUUUGUACUACUGACCAUUGCUCUCAAGGUGGGAAGGUGGCUACUGAUGGGGGGUGGGGGGAUGCCACGUCUUCUCCAGUUCUACUUUGCUGUGUUGCAUGUCAAGUGUCUCUGUUCCCCCUGCCCUGUUGGCUCUGGACUGUAGGAUGUAGCUGUUUUUUUGUUUUGUUUUGUUUUGGGGGGAGGGGGGGGGCACAGUUAUUGCUGUGCCAAUUCAUUCAGGUGUAAUUUAUUUGUGCAAUGGUAGCGUUCAGACAAUAAAGUGGAAAAAAAAAUCACAUCA